AUGGCUGUUAUUGCUGACGAAAGCGAGGAGCCACAGACAGAUGCUAUAUGGAUACUGUCUUCUACUUUUGUCGUGUUUACUAUGCAAUCAGGGUUUGGGUUGUUAGAGAGUGGGUCUGUAAGUGUGAAGAAUGAACUGAACAUAAUGGUAAAGAAUGCUGUGGAUGUUGUCUUUGGUGGGCUCACUUACUGGAUGGUCGGUUACGGAUUGAGUUUUGGAGACUCUGAAUAUAGCAAUGCGUUUACAGGCUGGGGCUACUUCUUUGUUAAUGCUAACGACGAUAAGCUGGGAAUUGUUUAUUCCAAGUUUUUCUUCCAAUCAUCAUUUGCAACAACAGCAACAACAAUUGUGUCAGGAGCAAUGGCUGAAAGAACAAAACUAACUUCGUAUAUGAUAUUCUCAAUGUUCAACACAUUAUUAUUUUGCAUCCCGGCACAUUGGGUUUGGGCUUCGAAUGGCUGGCUUUAUAAACUUGGUGUAGUAGACAUAGCAGGGGCGGGUCCUGUUCACAUUGUAGGCGGGGUUACAGGACUAGUUGCCACCCUGUUGUUGAAGCCUCGACAUGGGCGUUAUACCGGUAAAACUAGUAGAAUUCCCCAGAUGAGCUCUCCAACAAAUGCAGUCCUCGGCAUGUUUAUGUUAUGGUGGGGAUGGCUUGGUUUCAAUUGUGGUAGUACAUUUGGAAUAUCUGGAUUGAAAUGGAAACUGGCUGCUAGAUCUGCUGCUUCUACACUUUGCUCAUCCAUUGCCGGCGGGGUGGCUGGAUUUCUCUUAAGUUAUUUUGUCAAGAAAAGAAUAUUUGACGUUACAUACAUGAUAAACGGCCUGUUAGGGUCUCUGGUGUCAAUCACAGCUGUGUGCGCCAUAGUUCAGCCUUGGGAAGGUCUUGUUAUUGGUUUUAUUGGAUCCAUCAUAUCAAAUGCAGGCGUUGCUCUACUUGAUAAGUUAAGGAUAGACGACCCAGUUGGAUGUGUUGGGACUCAUGCCCUCUCAGGAUUCUGGGGAAUGCUUGCUGCAGGACUGUUUAUAAGAGAUGACUCGCUCCUCGAGGCGCUCUAUCUUCAAGGUGCUACAGCCGGUGCAUUUUAUAAUGGUGGUUUCCGUCAGCUCGGUGUACAGACUUUAGCGAUGGUGGCUAUAACCGGAUGGACAUUAAUUAUGUCAUACAUCAUCUUAAAGCUGAUUGAUUUAACGAUAGGACUACGUGUACCACUAGCCGAAGAAAUCAUCGGGGCUGAUAUUGUUGAGCACGGUAUUGGUGACUUGGUGUACGACAAGAAAACUGGGAGAGUCGUGUAUCCUUCCGACGAAAAUGACUGCGAUGGUCAUAUGAACGGACAAGAGACUGGUAGUGCUCGUGCACGAAAUGGGUUAUCUCGAAACUCAAUAACUGGUAUAACAAGUUUACUAGGUCAUUCCGGACGACGUAGAACUUUAGCUGAGAUAAAUACUGACCUGUCAAUGCAAGAAAAUCGUUCACCGGCUUCGUUUGAUAUGACUAUACCUAUUGACGAAGAAAGUUUUGGUUCUAGUGAAAACAGCAAUAAUUUGAACGGUACUUGUUUACAUUCUUCGCCGAGAGAAUCAGAUUCAAUGGCACACUCUUCCAUUUUUACACAAAUACGUAGCAAAUUUCGCAACCGGUCCUUUAAACAUUUUCAAAGACGUUUAGAUCACAAUUGCAAUACACACUCGGUGAAUAUUGAAGGGCAAAAUGAAAGUUUUUAUGACAAUAGACACAGGACUUCAUCUCUUCGUCUACCGAGAUCUAAACAUAACGGUGUGUUAAAGGAACAAUGUGAACCAGAGACGAGUGACAGCGAAUCCUAUCUUAGUGGAUAUGGAUCUCUGUCAGGAAGCUACCCAAGUUCGAACACUAUUUCAUGUCAAAUUUCAUAUAAUGAUUUAAAGCAGUGUACGGAAUCACGUGACAAUGAAACGCCGUCAAAUGCUAUCACACACUUUUAGAUGCCAUAUUAUUUCAGCAUAUAGGCAUCGUUAAAAUAACGCAAUACCUUGGACUGAAGCCAUGGUGCAAUAAAUAAGAGUGCUUUAUUUUUUUUCUUGCAUUUUCAUCUGAAUGUGAUUCAUUCGAACGAAUAUAUGACUAUUGUUAUAUGAUAUUCUUGGCAAUAAGCUUUGAUAAU